AUGACAAGUGGUUGUUUCUCCCAAGCAUUGGCUACUGCGCAGGCAACGGACAUGCCAACUCCAUACAAGGUCUUGGUGGGACGGAAAAACAAUACGCCGAGUGCCCCGAGAUCCUACGACAGUUUGGCCCUCUACCACUCUAUCGCGACAACUGAUUCUUCCUUUGCAAGACUCCCCAAUAUGGCGGAUUCUCUCACCGAAGAGCAGGUCUCUGAGUUCAAGGAGGCCUUUUCUCUGUUCGACAAAGAUGGCGAUGGACAAAUCACCACAAAAGAGCUAGGCACCGUCAUGAGGUCUCUGGGCCAGAAUCCUUCCGAGUCGGAACUACAAGACAUGAUCAACGAAGUGGAUGCAGACAACAAUGGCACCAUUGAUUUUCCAGAAUUCCUCACAAUGAUGGCUCGCAAGAUGAAGGACACCGACUCUGAGGAAGAAAUCCGAGAAGCCUUCAAGGUGUUCGAUCGCGACAACAACGGUUUCAUCUCGGCGGCUGAGCUUCGUCAUGUCAUGACCUCAAUUGGCGAAAAGCUCACAGAUGAUGAAGUCGACGAGAUGAUCCGAGAGGCUGACCAGGACGGUGACGGUCGCAUUGAUUACAACGAAUUUGUACAGCUGAUGAUGCAGAAAUGA